UGGAAGUUCUUGCUGCAGUUCUGCAGAGGACCAGGUUCUUCCAGAAGCCACGGAUAGUGCGCUGUGAAUGUUUGUCAAAGGAACAGUCUAUGUAAGUCCAGCCCUGGUUAUAAAUUUACAGGAACUCAACUUGAGCCAUGUAAACAACAGCAGCUACAAGAUGGCUAAGGAAUCACUUGCUAGACAGCUCUCCCAAAUCUAACAGGGGGGUAAGAGAGAUGAAUGUUCUGAGAAGGUGCAGCAAGUAUCAUGUGAAGAACCGGAGUGUGUCUGAAUCCUGCUGCUUGGGUUGCCCCAGAACACGAAGAUGAAUGCUUCGGUGGAAGAAGAGGAUGGCUGCACGCUCUGAGUUUUCUGGCAUGGAUCUGUAUGAGGAUUACAAAUCACCCUUUGAUUUCAAUGUUGGAGUGAACAGAAACUAUCUUUACCUGUCGCCUACCAUAAACCUUUCUCCACCUGGAUCACCUACGCUGUCAAAGUCUGGGCUGCUGAGAAGUGACUCUAUACCUGAGGUUGGGGAGGAUGCUGCUGCUACAGUUGGUAUGGCAGAAACAUUUUCAGAAGAAGAACAGGAUGAGCUAAGAAAAGAGCUUGCUAAGGUGGAAGAGGAAAUCCAGACACUCUCACAAGUGCUAGCUGCCAAAGAGAAGCAUCUAGCGGAAAUCAAGAGAAAGCUGGGAAUUAACUCAUUACAGGAACUAAAGCAGAACAUUACCAAAAGCUGGCAAGAUGUCACCUCGACCACAGCAUACAAGAAAACAUCAGAAACCCUCUCUCAGGCUAGUCAGAAGGCAUCUGCUGCUUUUUCAUCUGUUGGUUCAGUCCUAACCAAGAAGUUUGAAGAUGUCAGACUACAGGCAUUUUCACAUUCGUUUAGUAUACGCUCCAUACAACAUUCAAUUAGCAUGCCUAUUAUGAGAAAUUCUCCUACUUUCAAAUCCUUUGAAGAAAAGGUUGAAAACUUGAAGUCUAAAGUUGGAGGAAGACAACCUGCUGGAGGAGACUUUGGAGAAGUUCUCAACUCUGCUGCCAAUGCCAGUGCCACAGAAACGAUCACAGAACAAACACAGGAGGAGACCCACUGAGAUUCCUGCUGCUGUCCUGCUACCCACUGCCAGAUGCUGCAAGCGAAAACUAAGCACACUUGUAACAUUAUUUGCGCUUUUCCCACCAGAUGUGCUUUUAUUUAGCAUGUAGCUGUUUUACCAGGUUAACUGAUACCAAGCUUUUUUGUGGGUUCAAAAAUAUUUUUGAAACUAAAAUACACUGUUUGGGGUUUUGUGUGGGAAGGGGAAUUUUUAUGCCUUUCAAGGGUUUAAAGGACUUACUUGUAAUUUGAAGGCAACCUUUAAAAUAUAGCAAUGAAAAAACCCU